ACUUAUACCAUCUCGAGGCUUCUUGUGUACAGUGCAGCUUCGAUUGUGGGAUCAUUUGCGUUAGUGUCGAGAGGAUUGUUUGAUCAUCAUGCGACUGAGAAACUUCAACAUGUCAACCUGCUUGGAUAGAGAAUGCCUUAGAUAACUUAUAAGGCUUUUGGUGGGAUAGGAUGACUGUUACUGUUACUCGUUGAUAUUGUUGCCUGUACCUUGCUCAGGACUUGCUCAGGCCAAUUCCACCAUGUUGCCCCCUGCGGAUGGUUCUCUUGCAUGAAGUUCAUGUAACCGUCACAGCAUUUUAGACAGGCUUGCAUGACUUUGUGCUAAGCGACCAUCAGAUUCACUAUAAACUGACGGUUCUUGGAAAUCUGUACGAGAGCAUUUGUGCUCACCGUGGAGCGAUGGACAUCACCUACGAUAUCCACGGGAAUACCAGAUUGGCUUCGGCAGGAAUUAAGCUUCGUUGUAAGCUGGUAAAGGUAGUCAUGACUCGAUUUGCAGCUGUUACAGCAUUAUGCGCAUUGCUCACUAUAACCAGCAUUCAAGAUCCUCAUGCUGGAGUGGCUGCACAAGAUGGUGUAGUUGUAGAGCCUGUGAGUGCGUUUGCAAAGGUUGAAAACAGAAUUGGAGCCGUUCCUCUUGGAUCGACGACUGAUGCGGAACUUGUCGCAAGAGAACGAGAUACGUUGGCGCCGAAAGAGAGGAGGAAUGGAGAAAGUUUUGAAUUCCAGGCAGAGGUUUCAAGGCUGAUGGAUAUCAUCAUCAACUCCCUGUACAGCAACAAGGAUAUUUUUCUGAGGGAACUGGUGUCCAAUGCCUCUGAUGCGCUGGAUAAGAUCCGGUUUUUGUCUCUCAUGGACAAAACUCUGCUCAGCGAUGGAAAGGACGCUGAGCUUGAUAUACAUAUAAAGGUGGACAAAAAGGAAAAUGUACUGUCAAUAAGAGACAACGGUGUUGGAAUGACCAAGGAAGACCUUAUCAAAAACCUCGGCACUGUAGCUAAGUCUGGCACAUCAUCUUUUUUGGAUCAGAUACAAAGUGGAGGGGACCUGAACCUAAUUGGUCAAUUCGGGGUUGGAUUUUACUCCGUGUAUUUGAUCGCUGACUAUGUCGAGGUCAUUAGCAAACAGGAUGAUGACAAACAGUAUAUUUGGGAAUCCAGUGCCGAUGGAAGUUUUUCAAUUUCAGAAGAUACAGAAAAUGAACCUUUGGGCAGAGGAACUGACAUACGAAUACAUCUAAAGGAGAAUGCUGCAGAAUACGCAGCAGAAGGGAAAUUACGAGUACUUAUGUUCCAGAACUUGGUUUACCAGGACCACAAGCAGACCUUGUUAAAGCUUUCAAAUAUUGAUACCGGUCGCUGUUUGACCUUAUUGGCUGACGUUUGUUCCCGCACAUCACUGAUCCUUGCGGGGUGUGUUUUGCAGGAGUUGGUGCAAAAAUACUGUCAAUUCAUAAAUUUCCCGAUAUACCUGUGGGUAGGUAAAGAGAUUGAGGAUCCAGUCGAAGAAGACAAGGACACUGCUAUUGGGAAAGGAACUUCUGCUGAGAACCUCGAAGAUAAAAAAGAAGAAACUGAAGAUGAACCUGAUAGAGAAGAGGCAGCAGAACCUAAAACAAAACCGGUGAAGCGAACUGAGUGGAAUUGGGAAUAUUUGAACAAUAUGAAGGCCAUUUGGCUGAGAAAUCCUAAGGACAUCACCCCUGAGGAGUAUAACAGCUUCUAUCAUUCCUUGACAAAGGAUUUCAGCGAAGAUGAUCCUCUAGCUUGGACGCAUUUCAACGCGGAAGGAGAUGUCGAGUUUAAAGCUGUCCUCUUCAUUCCAUCAAAAGCUUCUCAAGAAUUGUUCGAUGAUUACUAUACCAACACACCACAGCUAAAGCUAUAUAUUCGGAGGAUCUUCACAUCAGAUGGAAUUGAUGAACUUCUCCCUAAGUAUCUAGCUUUCUUGAAGGGUAUUGUUGACUCAGAUACCUUGCCGAUAAAUGUCUCCCGAGAAAUGCUGCAGCAACUCAGCAGUCUCAAGACCUUGAAGAAGAAAGUCGUCAGGAAAGCAUUGGAUAUGAUUAAACGCAUCAUGGAUGAUGAUCCUGAUGAGAUUAUUUCAGAGGACGAAGAUGGAUUAGAGGACAACGAAGAAGAACAAACCAAUGAGAAAAAGGGCAAGUAUGCUGUGUUCUGGAAGGAGUACGGAAAUUUUAUCAAGAUGGGUGUUCUUGACGACAGUGCAAAUAGAAAACGCUUAGCCAAGCUUAUCCGUUUUCAAAGCUCGAAAUCUGGCGAAAAGUUGGCGUCGUUUGAUCAGUAUGUUGCUCGCAUGAAGCCUGAUCAAUCACACAUCUAUUUCAUGACUGGGCAGGAUAAAAAUCAAUUGAAAAACUCUCCGUUGCUGGAAAAGCUUCUAAAGAAUGAAUAUGAGGUUAUUUACUUCGUAGAUCCUCUUGAUGAGUAUGUGAUGCAACAUCUCACGGAGUAUGAGGAUAAAGUUUUCCAAGAUGCGUCCAAAGACAGCUUGAAAAUCCUUGGCAAAGAGGGUAAAGUCAAAAUGAAAAAGGCCGCAAAGAUGUACAAGAAGCUCACCAGAUGGUGGAAAGAUUUGCUGGCUGGCGAAAGCAUUGGUUUCGUUAAGGUCAGUGCACGAUUGGCAAAUACACCUGCUGUGGUGGUUACCUCUAGGACAGGAUGGUCAUCUAACAUGGAACGUGUUGUGCUGGCCCAAGCCCUUGUUGACCCCUCCAAGGUAUCACAAAUGAAGAGCAAGCGCAUCCUUGAAAUCAAUCCCAGGCAUCCCAUCAUUCGAAUGCUCCUCCAAAAAGUUACUGAGGACCCUGCGGAUGAGGUUGCUCACCGGGUUGCUGUGCUUAUCUAUGAAACUGCCUUGUUAGAAAGCGGGUUCACUUUGAAUAAUGCAAAGACCUUCGCUGAACAAAUCCACUCUCUCAUGAAGUUGGUUUUGGACGUAGACCCUAAUGCUCAAGUCGAGGAAGAAGAGGAUGAGGUGGAUUUAAAAGAUGAUGACUCAGAGUUGAACAAUUUUGAACUGGAGGGUACAGGAGAGAACGACAAUGGAGCUGGAAAUAUUUCAGAUCCAGAGCCUGUGAACAUGUUGACUGAACACUUUGAAGACAUAGAAACUAGAGUGGCCUCAGACUUUGGCAGAAAUGCUCCCCCUAGCAAUGACGUUGUUGGGGAAGAUGAUGUAAAGCGUCAGAUUUUUAAGGAAGCAUCACAAAUCUUCAAGCCCGACAGUGAGCAGUCACUAAACGAUGAAUUGUAGAAGUUUUGGCUCCUAGCAAGCAUAGCAGAUUGCUUAGAAGGGCUAUGAUGAGAGUGUCAUUUUUGGAAACCGAAUAAUCUAGCCAGGCUGAUAGUGCAUUACUCAGAUCCAUGGCCUUGCAGAUUACUUUUAACCGUCAGACUCUGUUUUGCGACUCUAAAUCGUCAUCCUACUUUAUCAUUGCACAACGUGCAUAUAUAGGUUCAACUCAGGAAGCCAGAAGACGCUCCCGCGAUUGUGAAAAUUUCAGAGUGAGAUGAGGAACAUUA